UACUAUCCAUACCCGACCAAUCAAUGACCAUCGUCCUUUCCCAUCUUGGCCUUAUCCCCUCUCCCUUUCUCCCUCCCUCGCUUCCCUCCACUCUCCCAUGGACUCUCUUUCCAUGGUCCUCUCCUGUUCUUCUCCACCUCUCCAAACCCACCUCAAAACCCACAAACCAAUCUCUCUUCCCAAAACCUCCAUCCUCACUUCCCAAUCACUCACCUCUCACCACCCUCAUUUCCCCGCCCUCAAAAACCUCCUCCAACCAAGAACCCACCUCUCCUUCCUCCUCACCAACCUCAUUGCCACCACCACCAUUACCUCCCCUUCUUUCGCUUCCGAGCAAGUCGCGGACAAAAUCAACUUGGAGUCGAUCCUUGGCUCAGUUGAUGAGUUCUUCAACAAGUACCCGUUUUUCGUUGCGGGUUGUACGUUUGUUUGGUUGGUUGGUGUACCUGUAGUUGAAUAUUACUCUAGAAAAUAUAAGUUCAUUUCUGUUUUUAAUGCGUUCCGGAAACUCAAAGAGGACCCGGCUGUUCAGUUGUUGGAUAUUAGAGACGAGAAGAGUUUGAAGUACUUGAAGUCUCCCAACUUGAGGAUUGUGAAUAAGGAUGCUGUUCAGGUUCGGUUUGAUGAGAAUGAUGAAGAUGGGUUUGUGAAGAAGGUUUUGCAGAAGUUUGGAGACCCGGGGAACACUGUCGUCUGUGUUUUGGGGAAUUUUGAUGGUAUUUCCAUCAAAGUGGCCGAGUUACUAGUCAAGAACGGUUUCAAAGAGACUUAUGCGAUCAAGGGAGGGGUUGGAGGCACCAAAGGGUGGUUGGAAUCACAGGAAACUCUUUUGCCACCUUCUAUGCAUAUGUACCCUAAGAAGAAGGUUAAAAAUUCAAAAGAAUCUGGGACAAAUGGUGGAGUUGGUCAGCGAAAAGAAGAUGCCAAUAAUGCUGCAUCUUCUCCGGGAAAUGUUGCCGUAGCAGAAAAACAAAAGAUCGACAAUGGACAUAUAACCAAGUCCACGGAGGCUGUGUCACUAGUGAAAGAUGGCUCUAGAUCCUCUUCUCCCUACCCAAAUUACCCUGAUUUGAAACCACCGUCUUCCCCAACUCCAUCGAAGCCACGAAGUUGAUGCUGUGAGUGGAAUUUCUCAGAAGUGGGUGAAAGCACAUUCUUAACAAUAUUUUACAAUAACUAGCUCCAUGUUUGUUAGAUUAAGCCGAGGGUAUUGAGAAGCGAGUGCUUUUGUAUCAAUCUUUUUAGUGACAGCAAAGUGAGUGUUCAUCUAUUGUACAAUUCUUGUAACUAAUGUAACCUGGUUGUCUUAGCCAAUACUUUCCGGAGUACUAAAUGAGGAUCACUGCAGAGAAUUUUGUGCCGAAACCAUUCCGAGUUCUUUAUACUGUAGUCCAGGGC